GGGAGGGACGCGGUCGCAGUGACACACACAAGCGAAGGGAAGACGCCGAACGACGCACGUCGACAAUCGCUGCUGCUCCCACCGAGGAACCGCGUCCACCUCGUCCCUUCGAUCUAUUUGCUUCACUUUUCGACGAGCCGUGAACUCGGACCGUGAAAGUUUCCCUCGGGACGCCAGCGGAAGGUGGUUUGCUGUCCGACGCCAAAUAUCCACGACUGUUCUCUGGGAGGAGCUGAAGACAAUUGUCACGACAAUUCUGAUUUGAUAAGGUAAAUGUUACUGGCUGAUCCAACUUUGGAGGUGAUGUUUUGAGUGUGAGGACCAAAAUGACCGGCCACAUGAUUAAGCACGUGCAGUGUCUUUGACGAAGACCCCCCCCCCCCCCAAAAAGGUUCCAGAAGAUUCCUGAGUUCUUGAAAGGCAAUCAACUCCCGCCAUCAUGCCGAUCCUCAAGCAGCUGGUACACUCCAACCAGUCCAAGCGACGUUCUCGCGCCGACCUGACGGCGGAGAUGAUCAGCGCUCCUCUGGGUGACUUUCGGCACACCAUGCACGUGGGGCGCGGCGGCGACGCCUUCGGGGACACGUCCUUCCUCAGCACGCGCUCGGCCGAGCCCCCCGAAGCCAAGCACGACUCGCCGGUUUCCAAGCCGUCGCUGCUGGCCCGCACCUUCCGCGCCAGCAAGCGCUCACACUCCGUUAAUCGCGGGGACCGCUACGAGUACAAUGCGGCCGCGCCGCCCACCGCCUCAGCCGCCUUUGUGAAGAACGCCACUUCUCUGCCGUACCUCAACCACCACGAGGGUGGCGGCAGAAGCCAGGCGGCGGGCAGGCCGGCGGCCAUCGCCACCUUCGACGCGGAGUUUGACGAGCGCCACUUUGGCGAGCUCGCCGAGCUGCCGCCGUCCCAGCCCAAGAGCGGCGGCAUGAAGCACGCAGAGUCCAUGAUGUCCUUCCACGUGGACUUGGGGCCCUCCAUGCUGGGCGACAUCCUGAGCGUGAUGGAGAAGAAGGACUCUGAGGACGACGACCUCGGCUACGAGGAAGGCAAAAGCAGCGAGGGCCACGGCUCGCCGGCGCACAUCCCGCUCAUAGACGAGGCCCCGCCCGUCGAGGAGCGGCGGCCGCCCGCUAGGCCGCCCCGCAUGAUGAUCUACCAGCAGAAAGUCAUGGUGGCGCCGUACAGCCCCGAGCUUCCCACCAGGAACAACCACCAGCACCUGGACAGCUGCUCCGUGUCCAGCGCCGGUUCUACCACCGAGGAAAAAACGCCGUAUCUCCACCACAACGACACGGACAGCGCCAAGUACAGCUCGCCGCGCGACGACUUCUCUUACAUGGACGAUGACGACGACGAGAUCCGAGUUUAAGGCCGGGCGCCGUUGCGUCCUCGAGGAUGAACUCAAUCCUCUACUCGGCCAUCGGGCUGCGGUUACGGCAUCCAAUACUGUCACUCGUCGUCGAACCUCGUCCAUCAACGACUCUGGGGAGCUGGUGGGCUUCUGCGGUUGAUUGCCAUAUUGAAACAGGAAGUGGAAGUUGUGGCUGAGAAUGUGAUCAAGAAGACUGAAGGUGAGAGGCUUGGCUCUGGCCUCCCCUCCAGCCUUUUCUGUGUGGGUGAGGUUUUCCAUCUUUCUUCUUCCCGCAUUAAAAAACACAGACGCGGUAGGUUCAUGUGAAGACUCUAGAUUGUCUUUUGAAGGUGAGUUUGUCUAAAUGUGCUGGCGACCACCUUUGUCAGCUGCGAUAGGGUUCAGCCCACCUGCGACCCGACUGAAGACUGACAUCUAAAAGUGUCCACAGGCUGUCCUAUUUUUAGUUUUAGUCUUCAAAACUAGGGCACUUAAAAAGGGGGAUCUUUGACAUAGUGUAAAAAAAGGCACGCAAAAAAAGGGCUGGGUAUGUGUUUGGGUGAUGGCCAAGUAGACGUCGUUAGCUAACGCAAAGCAGAACGGCCUCCGGCAGGAAUCUCCUCCCC